GGGCCGGCCGCCGUCAUGGCCGCCGCGGAGGGGCGCUUGGUCCCGGAGGGCCGGGCCAGCCUGGCCGCCUUCCUGCUCGGGGCGUCGGUGGCGGCGCUGCCGCUGCUGCUCUCGGCGCCCCCCGCGCUGCUGGCCGGGCCCGGGCUGCAGGGCCGCGCGGCGCUGGCGCUGCACGUGGCGGGGAUCAACGCGCUGCUGCUGCUGCUCUACCGGCCGCCGCUCUACCGGAUCGCGAUCCGUGCCUGCUUCCUGGGCUUUGCCUUCGGGUGUGGUCUGCUGCUGAGUUUCGGACAAUCCUCCUGGAAGCACUUCGGCUGGUAUAUGUGUUCCUUGUCACUGUUCCAUUAUUCUGAGUAUUUGGUGACAGCGAUCAAUAAUCCCAGAAGUUUGUCCUUGGACUCUUUCCUCCUAAACCACAGUUUUGAGUAUACUCUAGCUGCUCUCUCUUCUUGGAUAGAGUUCACAGUUGAAAAAAUCAUUUAUCCAGAAAUGAAGCACAUCACCUGGCUCAGUACAGUAGGGUUAUUGAUGGUGAUCUUUGGGGAUUGUCUGAGGAAAGCUGCCAUGCUCACAGCUGGCUCCAACUUCAACCAUAUUGUUCAGAAUGAGAAAUCGGAUACUCAUACUUUGGUGACAAGUGGGGUGUAUGGGUGGUUCCGGCACCCGUCUUACGUGGGAUGGUUUUACUGGAGUAUUGGAACACAGGUUUUACUCUGUAAUCCCAUCUGUGUUGUUGGCUACACUUUAGCAUCCUGGAGAUUCUUCAGAGAGCGAAUAGAAGAGGAGGAGUUUACGUUAAUUCACUUCUUUGGAGCGGAGUACCUGGAGUAUAAAAAGAAAGUGCCAUCAGGUCUGCCUUUUAUCAAGGGAGUUAAAGUGGAACUGUAACACGUGAAAAAUCAGACUGACUGAGCAAACACCCAGCUCCAGGCAUCAUAUGGAAAGGAAGUAUGCAUAGCACUAUGUCGUGACAUGCUCUAGGAGUAGCCAGUCUCUGUUUACUGGUCAUCCACUGGAAACUCAUUUUAAAGGCUAGGCAGCUGGAACACCUUGCAAAUAAACUAGAAGCUCAGUCAAGAUAGGAGUCCUUCCUAGAUGCAUAGAGGGAUCUUCUGGAUUAUUUAAUCUAUGGUGAUCCUAAAAUGAAGCAUAAUGCUGGUGAAAAGAUGGCGCACUCUACCUACAGCAGCUGAGUUGCACUGAAAUGUGUUAACAGAUUCUGUUGAACGAGCUAUGCACUUCCUAGUAACUACCAUUGCACUAGAAUGGUGCUGGUUGGAAGCUCAUAUUUCUAUGGUGAAACUUUAAAAUUAAAGCUUUUUGCCCGUAAAAAAGCUUAACAGCACAGCUUUAACCUCUCUGGACCUGACUCCACAAGCCUGCAGUGUGUGGAACUCCCACUGAAGUCAGCGUGGUAAUAUCCUGCUUGGAGGGCUUUCAGAACCCAGCCCUUUAUUUCUGUCUUUUAAAUGCAUGAAUUUACAUACCGUUUUGGGGAUAUGCUUACCUGAAAGACUGGCAGUGCGGCACAAAGCACUGUCUCCUAAUAUAAUGUUAAUAGGGGGCUCUUUCAAUAUUCAAACUUUCUUAAAUCACAAAUAAUCUUUCAUUAAGCAUCAUGAAAGCUCAGAUUGAAAACUUAACUCCAUUGUUGUGUCCAUCAAUUACCUAGUGCCAUGAAUUUAAGUUUCAUUAUCAUGUUGUCAUUUUCCCAUAGCCCUCUUGGCAAGAGUCUGUCCUGUCAAAUUGUAAACUUGCAUCUGUAAAACAGUCUUCAAAAUCAUGCUGCAUUGUGUCCUAUUUAAAUAACUUUAGUUGUUAGUUCUUUCUCUAUUCCUACUUCACUCAGAGAAAUUACAAGUUUGUUCCUGUUUUUGUGAAAUGCGGAGAAAGAACAAUAGCAGGCAGACUUGCAAUAGGCCUUAGGUAGUAAGAUUCUUGCCUGGUUCUAGAAUAUGUCUUGGAUGUUUUAUCUGUACGGGAAACACUUCCAGAAAAUAUGCUAAUGUAGGAAAAUAUUUUUCUGAUUAACUGGUGAUAUUCUAAAUGUUCACCAUUCUGGAAAUGAUUUGUAUUCAGAUUUUGUGGUAUAAUUUAUUUUCUGUUACUAUAUACCAAAGAAGUUCACUGUUUCCUUGAUUCUAGAUAGACUUUCUUGUUGGAAUGAGAAUUGUAUGCUGGCAAGUAAUGGCUUGACUUGAAGUAUUCCCUUAAUUAAGGUACUGUAACAUAGUUCAGGAAAUAGUGCACUGGCAGAAGCUGCUUUUGUAAAGAUGUUGCCAACUUCUGUUGGGUUGUAAUUCAGUAGAGUUCUUUUGUGGUGCUGACGACUAUAUCGAUAGUUUGGAAUGUUUAAGUUUACAAUUGAAAUACCACUGGGAACACACUUUGAUAUUAAAAUGAGGCAUGUACCAAACAAGUUGGAAGUCAAAUUCCUGUAGCCCUGCAUAGGAAGGGAUGUAGGGACAAAUCGUUAAUCUCUUCUCUCUUCCAUCAUGUAAAAGCCUUUUCCUACCCAAGUUAUGCCUUCAAAUUUCAGGGCACCUGAUGCAUUGAAUUCCAGUUAAAAUACCCACUGUUACAGUAAAUCUCCUACUGAAUAUAUUUGUUGCUUGAAGAAAAGGAUAUGAAACUUCAGCAGGGCUGUAUUUGGUUAAUAUUGUCUUUCCUCUGCAUAAUUAUUUGUAAGGACUUGAUUCCUGUUCAGAUUGCUUUUCCUUUGCAAUAGAAGUGCCUCCAAUGUACUUCUGAAAGAGAGUUCUAAAUGUUGCUAUCUGUAGCCAACAUACCUCAGAAGAAAUCUCAAACCAGUUAAAAUCUUAAUACAAACAAGGAUUUUUAACUGCGCUUAUUUUAUUAAGAUGUUUCUCGUAUGAAUUUUUCCAUUGUAUAAAUGUUUCAUAACUAAACCUACUAUUGAUAAUGAUACUGACCUUCUUUGUAAAGCACUUUGACACUGAAAGUUGAAACACAUCGCACUAUAGCUGGCAGUGUAAUUUCCCCUGUUCGUGUACACAUGCUAGCCAUUGCUCUAUGAGAGCUAGUGCAAGUAUAAAUAGCUGUGUAGCCGCGGUAGUAUGAAUAGCAGCAAUGGAGGCACGGCUGAGCCAUGCCGAGUACAAACCUGCCUGGAACUGGUCAGCAUGUACUCUGCAUUGCUCGUGGCAACACGGCUAUUUGUCCUUGCAGUAGCAUUCAUCAAGCUACCAUUAAUAUGUGUAUGUGAGCAGGGGAAUCACACCCCUAGCUUGUAGUAUAGACGUGGCACUAGUACCUAGCAUGUAUGGGCUAAUUAGAAUUCACCUGAAUCAAGAACCGAGAAAUUGCACGCUGAUCACAAAAUGACCCAGCAGAGUAAACUUAAAAAGUGCUCUGGAGUAUGGGGUUUGUUUUGCCAGGUAGUGAAAAAAUAUACUAGGGACUUCGUUUAUUACAUGAAUAAAUUUUUUUUUAGGUCAUACUGUUAGAGCAAUACAGUGAGAAACUACUUGCUUAAUUGUGUGCUAUGUGAGACACUAUGUGGGUCAAAUAUCUCUAACCCUAAACAUUUUAUGCUGCGUUACUACUCUAGUCUUAUUGUCAGAGGCUUGAGCUCACAUUAUCUUUCUCACACUGCUGUUUGAGGUCCCUUGUUAGGAAAAAAAUCCUCUGUUCACCACAGAAGUCUAUGUCUACAACUGCUGGACAACUUUAUCAGAAGGAGAGUUGGCUAGAUUUCACGGGUCUUUCCUCUUGUGUGAACAGUCAUUGUUCACAGUGAGACUUUCAUUCUCUUGUCAGUUUUUGUGCUUCAUUUCGUUGUGUCCAGAAAGCAAACAAUCCAGUAAUUGCUUCAGUGUAAAACUGAGACUUGUGGAUUGCAUAUUGGCUCCUAGCUGCUAAAAUUUACCACUUGAAACUAUUUAGAUAACUUAGUGUGAUGGAGGGGUAUUAAUUAAAUAAAUUAGUCUUAUUCUUUUAUUGGCACUUGUUUGAAAGGGUUGUCUUUUUUUUGACUCUCCAUAAAUGGUAUGCUUUACAUCAUUUCACUUGCCUGGGAUAACAGUUUGCUCAUGUGAAUAUGUAAAGUAUCAUGGGUAUUUUUAAUGCCCGUCACUGAUGACAUCAAUUCUGGUGCCUAGAUACUACAGUUACCCUUUGGGUUUGGGAUAUAUCUACAUGUUCUGAGUCAACACCCAAAUGGAACAUUUGUAGCUAUGUUGGAAGAAGACCUUUUUCAUCUGUGUAGCUGGAGGUUCUGACUAGCACCCACAAAGCCUCAGGUUCUGUUGAAUAAGCCCUUUGUAGGAUGCAUGUUGUCACAGUGAGAAUGCAUUUUCUUUAGAUUGUGUCUAUCAGCAAGAAUAUGAAUGGGCACAGCAAAUGAUUUACUUGGUUGAUGCAGUGGUCAGUGAAAGCACUUUCUUCUCCAAUGACCCGGACAAGAGCUUUCACAAAAAUCAGAUUUGUGCAGGGCAUGUAGGUUCAUCCCAAGUUUGCCCCAAGUCAAUUUAUAUAGCACUAAUGUUCCACUUCUGGAGAUGUGGGAUCUUAGUACUUUAUCCUGUGGUGUAAAUAUCUGGAAUGAUUGCUGCAGCCCUCAUUCCCAAAGGAAAGGUGAGUCAGAAUUCACAAAGAAAUGAAGAUCACCCUUUAGUUCAAAUUGGGUUUUCAAUUUAUUUAUUAAUCAAAAUGGACCCUUUGGCACAUGUUGCAGCACAGAGUCUUUAAAAAAUCAAAGACGUUGUCAAUGAACAACUUCUAGGUCUGUACCCAGUGAGUAAGAACUUCAUUCUGGCCCUCGGUAGGUUCGCACAGUCUCAUGUUGGCAAUUAACUUAUGAAGCCCUGUGGGAAAGGACUUAAACUCAUUACUGCAAACAGUAUGCAGCCUGGGAAAACAUCUUAACCACCAACAAGGUAAGGUACGGGCUACAUAAAAUUCUAUGUAUUUUAAAGCAGUCUACCAAAUUAAACUUGUCAAUCAAUCUGAUUGCUGGCUCACUGACCCUUAUUUACUAACAAGGGUAAAAGGCACUAUCCUGUUGUUCAGGCCAAAAAUUUAGGACUUGUAUGUGCUCAAUAGGUCGCAGAAGUGUUCCAUAGGUUUUUUCAAGUCACCUGCUUAGCUUGUAUUUAAACUAUCCCCUGCAGUGUUUGCAGUUUAAAAUUUGCAAUUUUAAGCUAGUGCAGGAGAACCAGAAAGUGAAACUGACCUCUCCAUUUUUAUUGUCCAAAGGUUUGUGAAGGACAGAGUGAUUAGCAUAAACUGUCAAAAGAAAACUAGAUUAUUGAUAAUGUCAGCUGGGGUGAGGGGUUAGUACGAACACUUUGAGUAUUUAUUCUAAUGUCCGACAAAAAGUAACGUAGUCACUCGGUAAACAACUAAUUCCUAAAACUGUUGCUUUUUGUAAACAUGUUAUGACUUUAGGAAUUUACUUUGCGCUGGUUCCUUGACUUUCAUAUUCUGCUUGUAGCACAGAGUGAGUGUUCUUUUAUGGUCAGGAUACAACUUCCAAAUAAUGGCACAGAGUAACUGUCCAUCUAUUGCACUUUCUUACUGCCUGGAGUAGCUUCUGAUCUCACUGUCUUUAUUUUAUUUGGUAAUUUGUCAUUGGAUUGGAAUAUGAGGAGGAAGUCGCCUCCUGCCUUGAAAACACCUCAACAUUCCUGUUGCAAUAGGAGAUUGUUACCUUGUUAUAUCACAUGAUGUUUGAAGUCUGUUUGUUUGUGCUGAAAAAAACUGUUUACUAGAAUCACUCCACAAUCUAUUUGGGCCUGCUGAGACCAACUGUGUAUUAAAUGAAUGGAGUAGCUCUACCCUUUUUUCUUACAUGAAGAAAUGUUCAUUACAGAUAUUUAAAGGUUCUUUUCUUUUGCGGAUGUUAAGAAUUCUUUCCAUUUAUUAAAUAAAACUAUAAUUGGUUAAAAUAA